AUGGUAUGGUUUUAUCUUACAACUUGAAGCUCCAAAGAUAUAUUUGUUUUCUUUUGCCACCACUGCGAUGCAGGUCGUUCAAAUCUGUUUAAUCAGAGCUGGCUUAAAAUCUCAUUUGCUGUUACCUCUUUGUCAACGCUAUGUAAAGUAUUGCUCGUAUUAUAUGCUCGUAUUCCCUAAAACAUAUUUUUCAUCAUGAUAGACUUAAGAAUUGGAAAUAAGGUUUAGUUGAGGUCAAAGGACGCCCUCCUACCAAAUGUAUCUGAAAUGCAAAAGUGUUUUGUUGUUACUUUUAUUUCACUCGACCUGAAGCUUGUCCUCAUGAGAGGUUUCAUCUGUUGCCUCUUUCUUUUUUCUCAAUCAGAGUAGUCGAUCUCGAGCCUCCAGGGUGCGACAACACGUCCACUGUGACUCCUGCUACAGCCGACGCUGCAGAGCGCGGGUGGAGGUCUCUGUGUGCUGUGCUGUCACUCCCUGCCGCCUGCACUGUGGAGCACUUUUCCACCUGUGCAAGGAGGAGGAUCACCUGCUGCUUUGUCCAAAUGUGAGAGUCCCCUGUUUAAAUGCUGAGUAUGGCUGCCCACUCCACAUGCCCCGCUCCUCCCAGGCUGCUCACCUGCAGGUGUGUCCUGCCAGUUUGGUGUGCUGCUCCAUGGAGUGGAACCGCUGGCCUGCAAAUGACGCCCACUCUUAUCCAACGACAGAGCUGUUUGAGAACCUGCUCAAGGAGAGAGAACAAGGUGAAAGUUUGGACCUAGUCAUGGCAUUGAAAGACCAGGAUUUCCUGUUUCACUCCUUAAAGAUGAAGAAACUGUUCCCGGAGCUGACCCAGACUGUGGAGGAAGAAGAGAAAGAGGAAGAGAGGAGGGAAGAGGAGAGGAGGAAGGAGAAGCGAAAACAGAAAAAGGCUGCUUUGGAGAGGGAGGCAGCAGAAAGGGCUGCUGCAAAGGAAGCCAGCAGUCAGGCAUGGGAAUCUUUCUACAGCGGUACCUUUGAUUGUAAAGAGCAUGAGGAUGAAGAUGAGUUAGACGAGGAGGAGUAUGAGGAGGAGUCACCACUAACCCAGGAGGAGAGGGAAGCAAUUGCCAGAGCCACAGGAAUAGAUUCUGAUCUGUUAGAAAACUACAACGCCUGGGAGCGCAUGUUCAGUAUGGAGAUGGGAGGAUGCAGGCAGACUGAGGGAGCGGCCGGGCCAGGCAGAGGUCAGGGACCUGCUAAAGGAAGAGGAAGAGGCCUGGCUACACUUCCUGAGGAAGAUACAGCAGAAGUCUGUAUGGGUGCAUCAAACACCCUCAAACAGGGGAACAGUGCGUGCACAUCCAACUCCUCCUGUCCCUCUGCAAACACAAAGACAAUGAAAUUUGUGUAUACACGUAUUGAACCGAUGAAAAUCAUCACUGUACGCACUUUCAAAGUCCCAACCAGCUUUUCUGCCAGGCAGGGUCGCAUCCGCAACCCUGGUUUCUACAAGCGGAAGUCUCAAGCUGUGGACACUAGUGACCUGGGGGUGGCGCCGGAGGAGAUGCCAGUGUGGGAGGAAGUUCAGGUGAGAGACCAAAUAAUAUAUUUUUAUAAAGGUGAACCUUCAACCUGGAUGUAACGAAGCCAAAGAAAGUUAAAGGGAAGCAAACUAAAAUACUCCAACCGAUGUUCCCUUUCAAAAUAAAGGCACUCAAUUUUUUAUUUAACUGACAAAAAAAAUUGGUAACACUUUAUUUGACACCUAUCUCUAUAAUUCAUUAUAAAUAUAUUUAUAAUGCAUGUAUAAUGCAGUUAUAACACACUAUAAUACCUGACCUUGUAAGUCAUGAUAAAAUGCUUUAUAAUGUGUUAUGAUUAUUGCUAUAAAGCAUUAUGAUCAUUUCUGAGUGUUUAAAACUAUAGUCAUACUGUGUUAUAACGUGAUUAUUACGCAUUAUCCAUAUAUUUAUAAUGCGUUAUAGAGAUAGGUGUCAAAUGAAGAGUUACCAAAAUAAUAAUAAUAAAUUGGGCCAUCUAAAAAACUUGAAAUCAAUAACUCUUAACAAAAAAAGAGUUUUAUUUUGGCAAUUACAGAACCAACCACUAAAACUAAGUAUCUGGAGUCCAGUUUAAGGCCACCUGCUUUUGUUUGAUUCUGUGUUAUCUGUGUAUGGAGCACACUAAAAGUACAACAUUGCUAUUGUGUUUUUAAUGAGGGGAAAUCUGCAUGUCAUUUAGCUGUCAUAAAAUAGUUUAAGUUGAGGAGACUGGCAAAUUACGAAGGUUAUGUCUUUAUUUUAUAAUUUCUGUAACACUGAAUGCGUAACAUGUCAUUUUAAAGUCUUGUAACUCUACUUCUCAACUUUUUUUUUGUAUACCACAAAUCCUGCAGGGAAGUAUGUUUAGCUAAAAGUCAAACAUCAUGUUCGGAUAAAUGGGAUGCAUGUCUAUGAUGAGUAGAGACGGUAAACCAAAGAUUUAGGCUUUGGAAAUGAGCUGAACACUUAUUCCACAUGAUGUUUGAUUCUCUCUUUAGGCCUCUCUGCUGUGCUCGCUGGAGAAGGAACAAAGAGGUCACAUGAUCGCAGAGAGCGUAUGCGCAGAUGGUCUGUUACAGGAUGAAGGCACACAAACCUAUAGCUUCCUGUCUGCUCCUUUCCGGUGGAGCACAACACUGGGUGACCUGACUGCUGCUAAACCACAGGAGCUGCACCUUCAGCUGCAGGUGGAGAGUGUCACCAGUCGGCAUCAUAAGGCCAGCUCGGCCUUCACUUUCCUAUGUGGACACACCUUCCAGCGCAGAGAGUAUGGAAAACAUUACAAGUGGGUUUCACUCUCUUUCCACAUCCACUUCCUUCAAGGGAAAAGUUUAUCACUCAGACCAACACAAUGCUCUAGUCUAAGGUCAAAUAGUUGUAUUGGGCUGAACUAAAAAGCAGUACUUGUUUAAAUUCACGUUUCAUUUUCUGUUUCAUACUUGUGUUUGAAUGUAGGAACAUUCACAGUGAAAUCCAGAUGGGCAUGAAUGGAUGGUUUCAGCAGAGAUGCCCCCUGGCCUACCUGGGAUGCACAUACAGUCAGACUAGGCUGCAGCCUUCAACAUAUGGAGCCACUGUCUCCUUUAAGUGAGAUAAAACUGCCAAUCUUUACAAUUGUGUAGUAUAUGUACACCGUCCUUUGUGUGUAUCUUGUAACUACAGUAGCAUCAACAUUUGUUCUCUGAUAAUGUCCACUGGGACGAUUAAAUCUCUGCAGACAUUUUAGAAGAAUGCACAGGAGUGUUAAUAUAACGCACAUUUAUAAACCACAGUCUCCUUUUUGCUUUCAGUAAGGAUUUGGGCUGUUUUGGCCUACAUCCAACCGUCCCUGCCUCUCUGGGUAAGACCUUCCAGCUGCCCAAAACUGCAAUAAACUCCUCCACUGAUCAGGGGAAGAGAAGAGGAGAGGACUCUCUGAGUUCGUUACCCUACGAGGUGCUGUGCCACAUGGCCAGUUUCCUGGACAGCCUGUCCCUGUCCCAGCUGGCUCUGGUGUCCCAGCUCAUGAGGCAAGUGUGCUCCUCUCAGCUGCAAGAUAGAGGGAUGGUCAACCUCCGCUGGGAGAGAACAACUGAUGCACAUGGAAGAGCCAUGUGGAGAGUGAAGCAGAAGGUAAGAGGCAAUGUGUCUAUCCUGACGAUAUAUGAAGCAUGACAGUGGAAGUUGCUUUAUAAGCAGUAUUCAAGUUAUUUUUGAAUAUGCAACUUAAAUUCAAGAGAAUAAUGUAUAUCAAAGGGUCAAAACUAAGGUGAGAAAACGCACUAGGCAAGACAUGGUUAUGAACAUAAAGUGAUGUCGGUUGUAAGGCUUUACAUGAAUAAUGUUAGUGGUGUUGAAAAUAAAAUUUUGUAUGUUCAAAUCUUAUUUAGUGUACAAUACUGAGCAUCAAACUAAGAAAACAUAUACGUCUAAGUCUAAAUUAGAAACAUUAAAAAAAACUGCUAUGUGAUACAAUAUGCUUAAAAUGUAAUGGAUAGGCUACUAUACCAUGAGAUACAAGAGGGCACAGUACAGUAUGGAGUAAUACAACGUGAUACGAUAUGACUUUUAACACAAUGGCAUACUGGAUAUGUUAGAGUACCAUGUAAUGCAACACCAUAUGGUAAGAUCCGGUACAGUCUGAUAUGAUAUACAACAUGAUGGGUUUCCAUAAUAAGCUACAGUACAAUACCACACAUUGCAACACCAUAUGGUACGUCAGAAUAUGAUAUAUGUUUGGAUACACUAUGCAAUACAUGACACGACAUACAUUACAAUGUGCUGUAUGUUAUACAACACAAUAUGCUGCAUGAUAUGAAAUGAAAAUAAACAUUUCAAUACAGUAUAAUACGAUAAAAUACUAUUUAAUACUGCUGUGACUGUGCCAAACAUUAAAAAAAAUCACUGUAAAGCUGUGUAGAAACGGCUGAAUUGUCAGAUUGGACCUUUCUUGUAAGUGGACAGAUGUGAGUCAAAGUGGAACUAUUUGUACAGUAGGUUUUAACAAAUAACAACAUGUGUCUCUAUAACCACAUCUUUGUAAUCUGGUCCUCAUAUUUUGUUCUCUACUGUCUGUUUUCCUGUGUCUGUAUGACCUCAGGUGUGGCAGUUCAGCACCUUGUUCUCUCCAGUGGACACUUGGUGUUUCCGAGACGUGCCGUCCAUGUCUGAGCAUCUGAAGGUGUGUCCUUACUAUGAGAGAGAGUCCAGGACAGAGAAGAUUCGCCUCCCACGUAUGAGAGAGGAAGUCCGCAGCAACACAAACUGCAAAGGUCCCACUCUGGUCAGCUUGUUCCAGCAGAAGAGGAUCAUGAUGUAG